AUGGGCACCUGUCUUCGCUGGACAGCCCUUUGUCUCCUGGCAGUCGAGGUGUCGCAGGGAGCAGAGCCUGGUGAGGGCUCUUGUGCCACCAAUGCAGCGAAGGCAGUUCCCGGUCACAGACGCGACCUUCUGCAGAGCUUCGUAGGCGACGCUGUGGAGCUCCUGGAGCUGGCUGGUCAUGGAGAGGAAGGCUACGUCUGGCGUGGUCGACUGGCGCGGUCUGGCCAGGAGGUUGCAGUGAAGUUCCGCUGCGAUCAAGACGAAUGCCAAGGUGAAACAGUGAGCUUACGAGGUCAUGCCCACGAGCUGUUGCACGAAUGCUACGCGGGCAGCGAGGCUUUCCGCCGUGCCCCGCAGUACGUCUCGGGCUGCUUCGAGGAUCCCGCUGAUGAUGCAGCGUUCAUCGUCCUGCAGCAGGUUCCUCCGAGCUUCGUGCUGGUGGAGUCCAGUGUUGAUGACUUCGUGAAGGCGGACAAGGCUACGGACCACGGCUUGCUGCGCCAACUGCUACGAGCUGUGUGCGGAUUUUUGGAACCAGUGGACGGGAGAUCCCUCGUCCACAAUGACUUGACAGAGGCCAACAUCAUGUGGGAUCCGAGCUCCAUGCAGCUGACGAUUAUGGAUUUCAGCCAGGCAGAAUUCUGCGGUGAGGUCGUUCGGGGCGCUCACGGCUGCCAGGCCAAGCUGUUGCUGAAGGACAUCACGAAGGAGUUGAUCAUCUGGUCGCUGCGCACUGAUCUCCAUGGCAGCGCGGGGGAGACGACCUGCUCAAAGAGGGCCAAGAGAAUCAAUUUCGAGAAGAGGGAGGCAAUGAGAGCGCCGGCAUCUGCCUUCGUUGCAAAGAAGCUAGGAGAUUGUUCUGGGCGCGUCGAUGCCUGGACCUGGUCACUGCUGGACUGGGUUGGUGCUGUCGAUGCAGAGAUUGCCAGACAACUUGCCGGAGCGCCCUCGCUGCCCGUGGCUUCGCUCUUCCGAAGCUCCCUCGAUGCAGGGGACGAAGAGCCCGCCUGGAGUCUGGCACGAUUGAGAUCGUUGGCUUCCUGA